AUGAGCCAUACCUGCUGCUCCACAGGCUGCCAGUUGUCCUGCGGCCCACCCCCGUGCUGCGUCCCCACCGUCAGCUGCUCACUCUCGGGCUGUGGGAGCUCCUGGUGCCGCCCAGUGUCCUGUGUGACUCUGCUAUGCCGGCCUGUGUGCGGCGUGGCCAGCUCCUGCCAGUCACCCUGUGGGGCUGCCAGCAGCUGCUCCAGUGGAUGCCAGUCUCUGUGCUGCCCCGUGGCCUGUGGCCAGGCCCCCUCCUGCAGUUCAGUCUGCUGUGGGCCCACCCCCUGUCAGGUGACCUGCUGUUUGCCUGUGAGCUGCAAGCCCGCUGUGUGUGUGCCUGUUAGCUGCAAGCCUGCUGCGAGUGUGCCUGUGAGCUGCAAGCCUGCCAUGUACCUGGUCCCUUCCUGCCAGUCUUCUUGCUGCCGCCAGCCCUCCUGCCCCAUCCUUGCCUGCAGACCCAUCACCUGUGGCACCCCUUCUUGCUGCUGAACACAUAUCUCCAAACCAGCCACUUCCUAUGCAAGUGGGGCCAUACCUGUACCUCUCCCUCUUGGAGCAAAUCAUUGGUGGUCCACCCAGUUAUAUGCAUUGAAGCAAUGAAAAGCAUGCUCAGUGAACCCCUGAACGCUCAGGAGAGAAUGUGUCAGAACCAUUUGGACCCCUCCCUGACCCUGUGAAUCCCCUCAGAGAAGUCUUGGUGCCCAGGAGCCCUUCUAUGAUUCCAAUAGGAAGCCAAACCCCACAUCAUAUCAGUCAAAUAAAUCACGCUUUUCCCACGCAGCUCUCUGUUUCUUGUGUUUCUUUUAUAUUUCCAUGUUUUCUGUGUC